ACACUGCACACCGUCCAACACAGCUCCAACUAACUACUCCACUCCACAUAGUGCAGAAUCGCAGAAUGGCACGCGCGGAUAGUUGAGGCUUUUUAUUCACUUAUUUAUAUUUUUUACGCCGCUUUCGUGGGUGAUAGCGAUGGCGUCGACUUACAUCAAGGACGAGACAGGUACUUUUAUCCCAGCGAGCCAACGGCCUGAUGGCACGUGGCGCAAGCAACGGCGCGUGAAGGAUGGAUAUAUUCCUCAAGAAGAAGUUCCAUUAUACGAAAGUAAAGGAAAGCAAUUGGUAAAGAAACCUUUGUAUCCCGUGGGUGCUAGCCCGGAAUUCAUAGCCGAGCAUAAAGCCAAGCUGGAGGCUCUAGCAACAAAGAACAAAGUAAUACCGGGUGCACAAACGAAACCUCAGGAAGGCUCGAAAAAGAAGAAGAAGAAGAGCAAGUCGAAGGCCGCUGAACCCGUCACCGAGGGCUUGUUCAAGAUGACGAUCUCGGAGCCUGAGUUCCAUAAAGAAGUUCCGGUCCAGAAUGACAAGCCGCCCUGCGCCACGAAACAAGUUACAACAAAUAAUAUAGUUAAGGACAAUUCGAGCACCGCGCAGAAAACGACGGCCGAUCCGCAGAAGAGAUUAAAAAAUCUCCGGAAGAAAAUUAGGGAAAUCGAAGUGUUAGAGGACAAAAUCAAAACCGGCGCGCUCAAGAAUCCCGACAAGGAGAUACUUGACAAGGUCGCGCGGAAAACAGAAGUCACAAAGGAGAUAAAGAGAUUAGAAGCUACUCUUUCAUAGAGAGAGAGGAGAGAAUUCUCUCAUCCAUCCAAUUAGAAAUUUCGCGCCAUCGCGCGAAAAUAUAUGCGAUUAUGAAAUCUCGUCAAUACGCAAUACGCAGACCAUCAUACAAUCAUGUAUGAAAUGAUAUGAAACAACUCCAAUUUUACAGUCGAUAGUCACGCGACAAUUUUUAAUACCGUAUCCAUAAUCAUUUUUUUUUAUUUAGUCUCAGUGCUUACACCAGUAACAUUGAUAUAUACCUUUAUAAGUACGUAUAGCGAUGUUGAUUGUGACGAUUUUAAUACAUGAUCAAGUAUAGAUGCACGUACAUAAGGAUACCGUGAAAGUUGUAAUAAAGACAAGAGAAAUUUUUAACCGAGUUGUCUUCUAUGUGUGCGUCAUUACUUAAUUUAAAGAAAACAAAAAAAAAAACAGUUUCGGGUAGAUUGAGACAUCAGUCGUGGUGAUCCAAGAAAUGUAUGCAAAUGUUUGUGAAAUUAUAUAUAUAUAUAUAUAUAUUGUAUAUAAAUUAUAUUAAAUAUUACAUCUAUACAUAUACGAACUAUGCACACAAGCACACAUGUCAUGUUUUUAAAAACAAGUGAAUAAAUGUCCUCAAAUUUAUUGCAU